AUGGGCUUCUUGUUCGCAACACCGGGUGAUGUGACGCUUAUCGUCAUUGAAGAGCCAAGCAAAAACGACGAAAGCAAAAAGAAGACAGCCUUAUUUCACGUUGAUCGAUCAAAACUGAUCGCAAGCAAUCUAUACUUUGAAAUAAUGUUCUCAUCUCGGUGGGAAGAAUCCGGAAGUCGCAAUCCUACUCUCAGAGGCGAUACGAUCAAAAGCAUGGAAGUGAUAUUGGGGGAGAUUCAUGGGGUGGAUACCAAGCCAGAGACUGUCUCUGUUGCAGAUGUCUGGUACACCAUCAAGGCCUGCAACAAGUAUCAACUGGAUCCCAAAAGGCUGAUGGGCUGGUUCGCACAAUUUAAUUGGAUUGAUCAGGAAGCAACCCCCCCCCACAAGAUGGGAGGAUUGGGCUUUCAAUCGCCAGCUUUUAUUUCCUUGCUAUUUCUUUGA